GGCUUCUCAUCCUUUUGGGUUGCAGCGGGCUCUCUUCCUUCUCCCACCCAUUUGGAUCCUUCGAGAGAUUUCUUGACUGAAAUAAAACUAACUAAAGGACCCCCCCCUGUUCAAAAGAAUUAGGGUUAGGGUUUCUGAAAUCUCGUCGAUUGAAUCCUCGAAUCGAGAAAUUUAUCUGAUCUGGACGAUGAACUCGCCUCCAUUUCGGUGUUUUUGAUGUGAAAAUUAGGGUUUCUUGAUGCUGCACUUGGAAUUCGAUUUGAGGAUUUGGGGUUUUCUGAAGGGUUGGUGAGUUGGUUUUCAUGCUGUUGACGCGGGAAUUCGGAGUGCGGGUAGGGGAAGGGCUGUCACCGCCGGCCGCCUCGCGUCGCCAUCCGAUAAAGCUGGGCUCGUGGGGAAUGGAUCCGCGGACGCCCGGAGGCUCCCCCGACCGCCGGAACUGCGGCGGCGAGGGCGACUGCCGUAUUUGCGCGGCCGCGGGGGACCUCUGGGUGAGGCUGAAUGGGGGUGAGGGGAGGGAGUUCGUGGGCCAAAUUGGGGGGUUCAGCCAUGAGAGUGAGCAUGACCUGGCGGUGAUGGUCAGCGACUUCUUGGAGAACGGGAGCAGUGGGGCGGAGUCAUGGUACAGCAGCGACAGCGAUUCCGGGUUCCCCGAUCUUAAUCAUCUCGCGGAGAAAGUCUUGUUCUACAAGCAUGCCACAGAUCAAUAUGAGAAUGAUCUUUUAUCGGUUGUCCAGUCCCAUCUUCUUUCUAUCAACGAGACAGACCUUCAUACUGUCAGGGAAGGGCAAUGCAAUGGCAUCUGUAUUCGUCGGUCGCUGGUAAAGCUCCUCAAACUUUCUGGUUAUGAUGCGGCGGUAUGUUCAUCCAAGUGGCAGGGUUUUGACAAGGUUCCUGGAGGUGAUCAUGAAUAUAUUGAUGUGGUUACCAAUGGCUACCCUGGAGGUUCUGAGCGUUUGAUCAUUGACAUUGACUUUCGGAGCCACUUUGAAAUAGCCCGGGCUGUUGAAUCUUAUAAUGCAAUCUUAACUUCUCUUCCAGUAGUCUAUGUCGGCUCUUUGACCAGACUGAAGCAGUUGUUACAGGUCAUGGUGGAUGCUGCCAAAUGUUCUCUUAAGCAGAAUUCCAUGCCUCUGCCUCCAUGGAGAUCAUUGUCGUACCUGCAAGCAAAGUGGUACUCUAAGUAUGAGAGGAAACAUAAUUAUGAUGAACAGAACUACCUUGGGAGCAGUUAUGGUCACAGUCAGUGUAUUGGACAUUUGAAGAGGCUAAAAACCUCCCUCCAGUCAGAAAUUGAGACAGAACGGUUGUUUAAACCCAUUAUUAAUGACAAGAAACGGAGGGUGAAAUUCGAGAAGCGGAGACCCUCCAUGCUUAGUAGCUAAUAAUGAUGUACAGGUAAUUGGAGGAGAAGUUAAUUCAUAUUUUUGGAUAUUAAAAAAGGUAAAGAGUUCGUUAGGUGCAAUUUUUUUAAAUGAAACAGUCUACUGCUGGCAGCAGAUGAGGCAUAACCUUGAAGCUGAUGGGGUUCUUCUCGCUGCUGGCAACAGUAAGAAUAACAUCCCAUGUUUUUGGAGGCACACAUGUUGGAGUUCCAUUUUUUGUAAUUCAUCUUUCCUCUCCAUCUGCAGGAAGCCGUCAAAGUUACAGCAUGCUUGUUGUGAUCUGGCCCGGUGGCUUGUAGUAUUACCUUACAUUUCUUCCAUUCGAAUCUUUGGGUCUCCUUCCCUUAUUUCAGUCAUACAGUAAUUUAUGCCUAGACAUAAAUUUUCUGUGCCCUGUGCCAUCCUUCACAUUAUAUGGUUGUUGGUAAUGUUUUUCCCAUAUUAAUAUGAUUUUGUUACGGGACACAAAUGAAUAAGAUGUUUAAUUAAAUACACAAGAUUUUAUUGAGUGUGCUUGGUU